GAGGGAGGGAGGGAGGGGAAGAGAAGGAUAUAUUAUGCCGUCGCAGAGCUGUUGAUGUUAUGGAUUCACAGUUAUGGCUUUCUACAAAGUGAUCUGUGCGGUGGCUCUUCUGACUCUCCUGACACAAGAGUCUCACUCACAACUAGAUGUGUGUGGUAAGGCUGUGCUCAACACCAGGAUUGUUGGUGGACAGGUGGCCCCUCCAGGCAGCUGGCCCUGGCAGGCCAGUCUGCAUCAAUUUGGGAGCCACUUCUGUGGAGGAUCCCUCAUUAACAGAGAAUGGGUGCUGACUGCUGCUCACUGCUUCCCAGGCGUCAGCACAAGCAAUCUGAUUGUGUAUCUGGGUCGCCAGAGUCAAGAGGGAUCAAACCCCAAUGAGGUGUCUGUGAGAGUAACACAGAUCAUCAAUCAUCAAGACUAUAACCCCAGAACUAAGAACAACGACAUCUGCCUCCUGAAGCUCUCCUCACCGGUGACUUUCACCAACUUCAUCCUGCCCGUCUGCCUGGCAGCAGCAGGCAGCACCUUCUACAACGGCACUGACUCCUGGGUCACCGGCUGGGGCAGAAUUGGAUCUGGAGUGCCCCUUCCUUCCCCACAAAACCUAAUGGAGGUGGAGGUGCCGAUUGUGGGGAACAGACAGUGUAACUGUGACUAUGGAGUCGGCUCAAUCACAGAAAACAUGAUCUGCGCCGGGUUGCGUGCUGGAGGGAAGGACUCAUGUCAGGGGGACUCAGGCGGUCCGCUGGUGAGCAAGCAGGGCGUUCGCUGGAUCCAGGAGGGAGUCGUGAGUUUUGGAAAAGGCUGUGCCCUGCCGAAAUUCCCAGGAGUCUACACCCGAGUGUCCCAGUAUCAGACCUGGAUCAAUAGCCAGAUCAGCAGCAACCAGCCGGGCUUCGUCACCUUCACGUCCACUGGGACUGAUAGUGACCUCAGCGUCACCUGUCCUGGCCUGCCACCACCUCCAACCCCCCCCGCUCCAACAACCACAGCCAAACCUGUGGUCUGCGGCAGAGCCCCAUUGAAUUCACGUAUUUUGGGAGGAAGCUCGGUGGCGACAGCUGGUGUGUGGCCAUGGAUGGCGAGCCUACAGAAGAAUGGAAGUCAUGUGUGUGGUGGGACUCUGGUGGCUGUGGACGCUGUGUUGAGCAACGCCAACUGCUUCUCAAGUUCACCCGUAGCGUCUGAAUGGACUGUCGUUUUGGGUCGUUUGAAACAGAAUGGAUCCAACCCCUUUGAGGUGACACUGAAUGUGACAAAUAUCACUCUGAGCACCCUCAAUGGGUCUAAUGUAGCAGUGCUGCAUCUGGCAACCCGACCCACCCUGUCCGACUUCAUCCAGGCCAUCUGCCUGGACAACGGACGAACCUUCACUGUGGGCUCGACGUGCUGGGCUGCUGGCUGGAGAUCCGGGCAAGGAGGGGGCGUUCUGCAGGAGUUCCAGACCUCGGUGGUAAACUGUGGGAACACGUCAACGAGUGACAGCAUUUGCACAGGAUCUUUUACACUAGAGCAGGGUGAGUCUGGCGGUCCGCUGAUGUGUAAGCAGGGCGGCUCUUGGUUCCAAGCAGCAGUGCUGUCAGUUGAAAACAACGCCACCAGUCAAACACGAGCAGACCCAGUGAUGGUCUUCACCAAACUGAGCCGUUUUCAGACCUUCCUGGCUCGGACAGUGGGGUCGUUCUUAUCUCCAGCCUCCACCACCACCACAGCUGCUACCAACCCGACCACCGCCACGGGGGGCGCUGCCACUCACUCCCCCUUCUUCUUCUUCCAUCUCCUCAUCUUCUCCGUGUGUCUCCACCUCUUCUCAUAGAAACUCCAACUUUACCUGUAAACAGUGAUUUAUGUGACAAGCACAAAUUAACAUAAACAACCUUGAAUGUGAGGCUUAAGGCUGCAUUAACUAAUCUAUGACUUGUUCCUGCCGCUGUUGGUGGCCGCUAGGAAUAGAGAAGUGCAAUCAAAACAUGAUUCGUGUCGGUAUAUAACUAGGACACAAACAUGAUUAAUCCUGUUAUCUUUUAUCAGGUCACUGUCCCCACAAGCUUGACUUGACUGUUUUAGUUCAAAGAAGAGAUUCUGGAAAAUGCAGGGUAUAAAAUGAAGAAUUAUUUGUAAGUAGCACUGAACACAUGUAUGUAUAUGUAGCCUAGCAUUCCAGCGUUUUUUGUAAGCUAUGGAAUUUCCUACAGUUAACAGAUGGAUUGAAGCAUUUUUUAGAGGUCUCAGGAACAGUGACAAUGAUCAGCCUGUCCAUCAUCUACCUCAUUAUCAGAGCUACUGUACCAUAACGUACAUUUCUAUCUGAAGUAUACAUGGUAUUUGCUCUAAAAAUACUUGAGCUGUACUUUGAUAAUUAUUUGGUUUAAAAGAUAAAUAUUAAUUUAAAGUCUUAGUAAGCUUUGCCAUGGAACUGUACGUGUGAAAGUACUGAACAAUUUACCCCUUUUGUCUUUUUGUCAUAAUGACCUGGUUUUAAAUGAAGUAAAAAUUAUUUCUGUUUACUUGA